UAAAUAAAUGCGGAGAAAAAGUCGGCGAAUUACAUAGCAAAGGUCGAUUUGUAGUCGGCAUAGGCUCGAUUCAUAAAACUGGUAUUAGAGAAAUUUUCCCCACUCCUUGGGGCAAAACCGGAACGGAAAAUAUUACUGGCUUAGAAUCUUUUCGGCCAAAACCCAGCCCAGCCCAAAAAUAUUUUCAGAAGAAACAAGAAUUGGAAGAGCAAAUCAACCACCAUCCCCAAAAGGAAAACUUAAAUAUCU